UUUUUUCCAGUUGGACAUUACUAAUUUCUCAAUGAUGGAGUCUGCGUCGUAUUUUAUCCUCCUAAUAUUUUUAGGAGGUUGGCUAAAAUCGUGUAACCUGGUGGAAGGAGCGGUUCCUAGUGGGGAAGAACUGUUUCGAAGCAACGUUAAUAAUAUUUUGGAACGCUUAACCGUACAGUUGUCAAACAUGCCUACGAAGGAUGACCUUGCCGCUAUGGAGGCUAGAUUUACCCAGCAUUUAGAAAGUCUGAAAAUUCAGAUUAAAAAUCUGGUCAGGUCCGGCAAGGAGGAAGGCAGCAAUCACAAGGACGAAACUAAAAACCAUAGAGGCCGGAGAUCAAUGGACGUUCCAGACGAAGCUGAUUACCGGUCGCACAUACUAGCAUGCGAAGUUCGAAAGUCUUCAUUUAACGAGAGCUGCAAAUUUAUGGAGCAACUUUUAACCCUUCAAAGGGACCAGAUCACAACUUUGGAGGAGAUAAGGAACACAAGUUCCAACUUAUCUGAAGGGGUAGUUACCAUCUUGACGGAGGUUGAAAGUUUGAAGUACCAUAUCAACAAUACUUUGUCGGACUUUUACAAGGAACCAGUGAAGUCCUGCGGCAAUGACAGCAGCCUUACUAAUUCAAUAUUUCGGAAUCAACAAUUAACCUGCGACAAGGAGUGGAUCAUAAUUCAGCGAAGAGGAACCCCAACCCCUCCAGGGAUGGACAGGACCAAUUUCGAAAGAAGUUGGAUUGACUACGAGAAUGGGUUUGGCAGCCUUGAAGGGGAUUUUUGGCUAGGCUUGAAAACUAUCCACGACCUCACAGAGGAGGGAUAUACACAGUUGCUGGUGGAUCUAAAAGACUGGGCUGGAGAGAAGAAGUACGCGAUGUAUAACGUCUUCCAAGUCGCGGGUACCCAAGAUAAGUACAGACUAAAAGUUGCUGGGUACACUGGAACGGCAGGCGAUGCCGUAGAUUAUCAUAAUGGCUACCAGUUCAGUACAACUGACAAUGACAACGAUGGAUACGGACACAUUAAUUGUGCCCAGCAGCACCGCGGUGGCUGGUGGUAUAAGACUUGCGCUUUUGCCGAUCUGAACUCGAUAUAUCAUAAUUCGAGCACCCUGGAAAAAGGUUGGAUUGGAGUGAUGUGGUUCCCUUGGAAGGGUGAGGAUUAUUCCUUGAAAACUGCCGAAAUGAAGAUUCGCAAGACACCCCAACUUAUCUAAGCCUUCCCGACCGGGAUUUCUAACAACUUAACUUAAAAAAUUAAUGUUUUCUCGAAAAGUAUCCAUCGUCAAUAAAUUCGAAACCGGGCAAGUGUUUGAGCUGCACUUCCAUAAAGUUUAA